AGCAGAUGGACACGGUCGUUCAGGGUGCGAGCCGACAGUAAACCACUUCCAAAACGGUGUAAAUCUUGAACAUAUAGCUGUGGACUCCGGGUUGGUUUGAAUCCAGUUGUGACAUAUAAGGAGGGACUUGUCGGAGAUCUAGAUGUGACGAGCCGAGGGACCUAUCUUGGACAUGGAUCUACUACUGAAGGAAUUAUCUUUUGAGUAUCCAAAAGCUAUCUUCAGUCAGAGGGACGCCUUCACGCAGACAGAACCAAAAAGUACGCGAAGAAUAGACUUGUUAUCGAGGGCCAAACCAGUACCUCCAGGUUUUUUAGAGGAUAGGCGUUCCGUGUACUGGGUAGACAAUGACCCCCAGCAGCCGCAGGGACUGACCGAGGGAGGAACAUCUAGGGUCACACUCUUCACAACCACCACACGGCUCGAGGAACUGGCUCGUCACAGGUCUGCGCAUCAUGAGUAUAAGAAACACAGACCCACUCCAAUAUGGCCUGUGAAGAAGUCGGCUUUAGAUGCCACUCCAACGGAGCGGCUUGAGGUCUUGAGUCUUGCGAAGGGACUCCAUGAUGAGUUCAAGAUAGAGAGAUCUCCAUACUCAGUGGUAACCAAGGCGGCACGCAGUGUGUCCGCAUCAGAACGCCUUCAGUCACUUGCCGUCCCCAAAAACAGGGAAGACCGAUAUUGUGUCAAUGACUACGAGUGGGGUCAACCCAGCGAGGUCUCUCCAGCAGCCAAAACGGCCAGUGCCUCGGCAAGGGUGGAGACGCUAGCAGAAGCUAAGGGCUAUCACGACAACUUCAAGGGAGAGAACCCUGUCCAGUGGCCAGUAUCGGAUCAGGCUCUGAAGGCUAUAGCAUCCCUGCGUCUUCAGCAGCUGGCGCGGCCACGGAGUCGUACGAUGAUCAAAGACGACUAUGAUCCAUACAAGGUCACUCUUGCUGCCAAGAAGGCUAGAGCAACACCGAGGCUGGAGGAGCUGUGUGCCCCAAUACCUCGCAAGGUGCGGCAGAAGAAGACGGUUGCAGUUGGUUAGUGAAGAACAGGACAGUGUUAUGUAUUCAUGUCAGUAUUACUCAUUUGUUUUAAGCAGUAUUAUACAGUUUGGCAAGCUUCUGAUCAGUAUUACAUUGAAUCUUCUUGUUGCAAAGAUUUGUUUAUGUCAAUAUGCUGUAACAACAAAUCUCAGGUUGCACAGCAUUUUGUGUUCUGAAAUCAAAAUGUUUAUAAUAUUGAUGAGUGUGUUAUAAUAAAGCUGUGUAGUGAUAUAUAAUUUACAUGACUGAUAGUCAUAAUCAUCAUAAUCAUACAGUUUAGACAUUUUUCAAUGCUGUACCAACUGUUUCUGAGGUCGUACAUGUGAAAAGGAUUUUUUCAAUAUGGAAAAAAAGAAUUGGAUGGACAGCAGGGGCAUUUUCAUCAGUAUGUAUAUAUGUAUAUACUGUAUUUGAAUUUAGAGUAUUGCAAGGUAGUACAGUAGAACACGGAUAUAACGAACUACAAGGGACCAGAGAAAUCAGUUCGUUAUCUCCGUUAUCUGUCUCAAUACACGUAAUUGCAGUGUUACACGUGAAAUCUUCAUGGCCUAAUUUCCGGGCGAGUGAACUGACACUUGGACACAAUCUCGUAAAAUUUAUAUGUUUAAUGUUUGUUGUACAGACAAGAUUACAUGUACAGGUAAGAUUAACACAAUGCAAAUUUAACACGAUUGAUCCGUCACCGCUGAUUGUAUUGAUUCGCCGCUGAUUGCGUAAAGCCAAUUGUCAGUGACACUUGACACUGAGUGAGAUUUCUCAGUUCGCUAUACACGUCACUAAUUAGUGAUAGAUGGGCUUGUCGGUGAUCAGA